GUCAGGUCUGAAGCCAGGGGCGGAAGUGUCAGCGACACCUAAUCGAAUCGCGCGCCUGCACUGAUCGAACGCAGAUCGACUAGCUCGGCGCUCGAUUCCUCAUUGCUCCAGGCAACAUGGCGGCGGUGGUGGUAGAGGCCGGCUCUCCCAGUCAGUUUGAGGAGCUGCUGCAGAAAGCUGGGAAGUACGUGACAGCUGAGUGUCUCCCAGAGCUCCAGUGACCACACGGCCCUCCUUGUAUUGCUCCUGGAUAGGUGUGCUGCUGGAGGGGCAGAGCAUGGUCACCAUGGGGGCAAUGAGGCCAUUGCUGUGACAUUCUCCUAGGGCAGGAGUGGGCAACCUGUGAUACCCCAGCUAUUAUGGACUACAUCUCCAAUGGUGAUUUGACAGCAUGGUGGCUGUAAGAGCAUUAUGGGAGAUGUAGUCCACCACAUAUUGGGUGCCAGCCAAAGGUUGCUUUCCCCUGUCCAGAAGGGGCAUGAUCCCAAAUUAGCUGAUAGCUCUCACAUUCCCCAAAUCUUUAUAAAUAUUUAGGUUUCUUAAACCUUUGGUUCUCUCCUUGUCAGUCUUCAAAGAAAGCGCAAAUAGUCCAGAAUGGGUCUGUGUUCUCAAUGGAAAUUACUUUGGAAAUGCUUAAAUAACUGAUCUGUUUGUGCGCCUUAUAGGAAACACUGUUAUAAUCAGAUAUAAAUGUAAUUUGUACAGUUUGCGAUGGUUAACCUACAUUUAGCAGGUUAAUCAUAUAUUAUUAUAGAUGAUAUUCAUGGAAUAUUGACUUUCUAAAACGGGUAGGCAACCUUUGGCACUCUAGGUGGUGUGGACUACAUUUGCCUUAAAGGACCACUAUAGGCACCCAGAUCACUUCAGCUCAAUGAAGUGGUCUGGGUGCCAGGUCCCUCUAGUUUUAACCCUGCAGCUGAAAACAUAGCAGUUUCAGAGAAACUGGUAUGUUAACACUGCAGGGUUAAUCCAGCCUCUAGUGGCUGUAUCCCUGACAGCCACUAGAGGCGGCUUCCGUGAUUUACACGGAGUAAAUCGCACUUAUUUGAUGCUGGAUGUCCUCACAGAGUCCAGUGUCAAAAAAUAUCCCCAUAGGAAAGCACUGAGUAAUGCUUUCCUAUGGGCGGAUUUGAAUGCGCGCGUGCCUCUGUGUUUGAAUGCGCAUUUGGCUCCACUCGGGAGCUGACGUUGAUGGAGGAGGACAGGUCAACAGUGCAGAGGGAGCCCAGCGCUGGAUUAACAUAAGCAAAUAAAUGGUUAAUUAACCAUUUAUUCGCCGUGGAACGGGGUCCUAAUCACCGCUCUGUAGCGUUAGGAAUACACAUUUGUAUUUCUAACACUAUAGUGUUCCUUUAAGGACUGGAAUCUUGUGAUCACAUAGACUGCCAUUAGUCCAAAAAAGGUUUAAGGUACACUUCAAGCCCACUGCAGUGGAUAAAGUGUCGUGAGUGCCCUUUACACUCUCAGGGUAAGUAGUCAAACAGUUUGAUAACUUACCUGUGAUCUUCCGGUCACCAUUUGCCUCCUGCAAGGAGCUUUUGUUAGUUCCACUCAGUUAAGUCUGGCUGUGCUGGUCCAGCUCAUUUGUCUGAUGCCUGGUGAACCCAGGUAAGUUGUCAAACCAUUCAUAAAUGGUUUAAAACAGAAAUAGGUGAAUUGUAAAAAAAAAAGAAAAAUCUUCCGGCCUGGCUAAUGUACAUUUUGUGAAUAUUUCACAUCCAUAGUCAAGAGUGGGGUUACUCUUCACCCAAAAAUGAAGGCACUUGUUUGGUUGAAGUAACUCUUUAAUUUGCUGUGUUAUUGUUCAAGUCUUUGUAAUUUUUGGGGGACAAAAAGUACAGAAGCUGUACCAUUAUCUCAUUAUCCAUAUACCCUCAUUCCAGAAAAAGACAGAACUUGCAAAACCUUUUUGGACUUAUUUGAAAAAAGAUUUCAGCCUGCAAAAAAUACAGCACAUUAAUGAUGCCAAAACCCAGUAAUGUAUUAAUGCUGUGUUGGUGUUGUGUCCUUUUGUUACUUUUCAGUAUUUUUUUAAAUAGAAUCUUUCUGAAAUAUUCAUGACUGUGAUUUUAAUUUUUUAAAUUAAACCACAAUCAAACAAGAUCAUAAGACAAAAUACGGAUAACUUUUUGUCUAAUGGGUGAAGUUCAUUCUUUCGUCAUCAACAUUUGUCAGUCCCCACAGCAGCUGCUAGACUGAAAUUUUCUCUUGCUUAUAGAUAAUGCUGUGUAGGAAUAAUGCAUUGAUCUCCUGGAAGAUAAUGUACCCCAGGAGCUGAAGAAUGAAAAGAUGUUGGUGCUUACCGGGGGAUAGCUUCAGGUUUUUAUAACUACCUUUAGAAGUGACCCAGGCCGCCACACACCAAGGAGGGAAUGUCAUCUACGGAAGUCUUUUCAGACUAUUUAAAUUACCCUCAAAAUGACAAAGCUACUUUAAGCACAAGUAGAAAACAAUAUAAAGAACUGCUAGGUUUACAUUUCUUUCAAAUCUACAAAGAAAAUAUAAUAAAAUAUCAAUUUAAAUCAUAUUCUUAUUUCUUUCUCUCUCUUUUUUAUUUCUUUAUAUUCUUAGUUCACUCUUAGUUGUGCAUUUCUGGGCACAAUGGGCUCCACAAUGCUCCCAAAUGAACGAAGUGAUGGAAGAAUUGGCAAAGGACCAGCCUCAAGUCACAUUUGUACGGGUAUGGAAACAUGCUAACAUUGAUUAUUUAAUCAACUCUUAAUGAAAGCCUAAGGGAAGUUUAUCCUCUGUGUAAAAACAUAUUUUAUAAGCAAUCUUACCAUUAAAGGGACCCUCCACUACCCAAAUUAAAAAUGAAAAUUCAAUGUUUAGUAGAUAUACCCAAAUGAAAACGUGCAUGCAUUUAAUUAAGCAUUUUUUCAUUGUGGAUUUAUCUAAAUACAGCUUGCAAAAGCUGCAGUUCAGUUGUUUCCACCCUUGGCAAGCCCUUUGCUUCUUUCACAAAUCAGACUUUCUGUAGCUUACAGACACUCCAAUGCAGCUCAAUGAGAAGUCAUUGCAAGACAGGUGCUCUAAGCAAUUGCUGAACAAACCAUGAAGUAACAGAACCUGUCUUCUUAAAUGCCUGGGGUUAUUUUAUAAUAGUUUUACAUUUCUAUUGAAAUCUGCACUUUUUAUAAAAUUUAAAAAAAGAGGACACGCUAUUCACUCUUAAAGCUCUUCCGCAAGCUAAAGUGCUAUAGUGGUCUGGAGUGUCAAUUUGAAUGACAAUUUUAUCUCAAACGAGUUAAGGCCAAAUAUGAUGUUUAGCUAGAAGUCACAUGUAAUGUGGCUUAUGUGUGUGUCUGUCCGGCACACACAGAUAAGUUCUUGUGCUCUUGGAGUGAGAGAGAGGGAGGCACACAUUGACUGAUAAAGUUAGACAAUCACACAGUGAGAAAUAAGCAAGCAUACAGUAAGUAUAUGUUUAUAUUUAGUGCUAGAAAGAAACACUGAGAAAGGCAGACUGAGGGCACUGAAAUAAACACGAAGUGAAGUAGAGAAACACAUGCAAAGUAAUAAGGAAAAUUUGGAAGAUAAAAGUUGUAUCGGAGCAGUGGCUGUCAUGUAGUGAGAAAGUAAGGUCAUAGGGUAGGAGAAAUUAUGCAGAGGGCAGUGGGAGAGUCAUCAAUCAAGGUAACCUGACUGUCAAUAAUCCCACAGUCUAGAUAAUAUAGCUUGGGAUAUCAGCUCUAAAUAAUAGACAGGGCUGUUGAAUUUGUAUUGCCCAAUGCCCGGGACAUGUAGUUCAGGGCUGGUACCAUAAGGACAUGGCCGGGGCUGGGAGCAUGUGGUCUACACACCCCUAUUUGUAUUAAGGGUCAUAAUACUAAGAGCAGAUGUGUGUUAAAGGGACCAUGCACCCUGUGCUGACACUGUCAGAUUUCCCCAGUGAAUUUGAGCAUUGUGUUAUUAAUUUUUUAAUAUUCUGGUUCACUGGGAGUUACAGAAUGGAGACUGAAUAGUAAUAUGGCUGCUACAGUUUCUACACAGGCAGUGAGGUAUUACGGAGAAAUGAACCAUGAUGCUACUAUACAGUUUAUCACACUGAUCAAGGGAGAUAUUUUCUUCAUUCCUGACUGGCAGGGAGAAAAAUGUUACAAUUUUAUUUACACAAGAUCUGUUAGCUACAGCAAGCUAAUGGAUUCUCAUACUGAUAUCCUGCAGUGUUGGGAGAUGAGUUCUUUAAUUGUGCAGAAUUAACCCCUUAAGGACACAUGACGGAAAUAUUCCGUCAUGAUUCACUUUUAUUACAGAAGUUGUGUCCUUAAGGGUUUAAUUGAAACACUCUUUAAAUUGGUACCUACUGAUUUAAAGGGACACUCUAAGCGCCAAAACCAUCACAUCUUUAUGUAGUGAUAUCGGUGUAUAGACGCUGCUUCUUUACUAGGAUCAUGUAAGGCAUUGUUCUGAGAAAUUAUAAUUGUCCAAAACAUGCAUCCAGUGGUUGUCAGACAGCCAGUAGAAUAUCAGAGAAGAGAAACACAUGCAGCACUCCAGGAUAACAAAGGUAAAUUUAUUCGUGUGUUCACCACCUCACCAAAAAAUAAGUGCAACGUUUCGGCUUCUUAGAGCCUUUAUCAUGCUUAAUCAUGAGGAGCCGAAACGUCGCACUUAUUUUUUGGUGAGGUGGUGAACCCACGAAUAAAUUUACCUUCAUUAUCCUGGAGUGCUGCCUGUGUUUCUUUUCUCUGAUACUGCUUUGGUGGAUUCAGCGAUGUCCAUCCUACACAUAGAGCGCCCCCUUGGUGGAAGGCCGGAGCAUAUAUGCGGAACUUGAGUACAGGGUAUAUUGUUUUUGAUAGCCAGUAGAACAUCUUCUUCUCUCCUCCUUUCAUCCUACAAUUUUCAAAGGAUUUCACAUUCAUUGUUAGCUAACAUAAUUCGUCUCCUAAAGAAACAUCUGAUUAAGAACCAUUAGAUUGAUGGAUCAUGGAGAUAGCUGCUCAUAGAUUGUGUGUCCUCAGUGCUUUUCUAUGAGAAGCAUCUGAUUCGACAAAGGUAAUCAGAAUCAACCUCACUGUAGGUGUAUUGGGUGCUGUGAAGAGUUUGUCCUGCUGCUGGAAGACUCUAUUGCCAAGCUGAAAUGUUGCCCAGUCCUUUGCAAACAAAGUCUGCUUUGGAUUACAGUUGAAGUUUUAUAGCAAUAAAAAAAUAAAUAAAAAAAAAAAUGAACCAAGGAGGAACAAAGCUAAUUUAAGAGAUUCUUUAGUGUUAGGAAUACAAAUAUGCAUUCCUGACACUAUAGAGCCCUCUGGUCCUCCCUCUGCUUUACGCCCCGGCCUUUAAUAGAGUUAAAAACUCUUUAGUCACUUACCUGAUUCCAGCACCAAUGUCCCUCAGCACUGGGUUGGAGCUCCGCCUCCUACAACCUCAUCUGAGGGGGUGGGGGUGCGGAGGGGAAAGUCACAGUUGCAUUAGAUACUCCCCAGAGGAAAGCAUUUAUUAGAUGGCUUCCUAUGAGGAUUUUACUGACGCUUGAUGUCCUCAUGCUGAGUCCUUUAUCCACCAGUUAGUGCCUGUAAUGAUGUCUUAUUGACAGCCACUAGAGGCAGUCUUAGUUCUGCAAUGUAAAAACUGCAGUUAUUUACAUUGCAGGACUAAGGGGGACAGGGACACUGCACCCAGACUACUUCAAUGAGAUGAAGUGGUCUGGGUGACUAUAGUUCCCCUUUAAAUUCAAAGGAUCAAAUGCAAUUUAAAUAAUAAUAAUAAUAAAAAAAAUAUUUUUUUGUGUGUUCCUUAAAACAUGUCUUCAUACUCUCUCCCCGAUUUCUCCAGGCAGUAAAAGCUUGUCACAUUGUGUGUUCCUUGUUGCCAGAGUAACGCUCACCAGUGUGACAGCUGCUUCUUCUGGUAGGUGAGAAUAGCGGUGUGACCUAAAUGAUCACUAACUGAUUCUGUAAUACAACUCCCUGAUUUCAUUAUAUCAGUAAAGGAGCUUUAGCUGUUGGUGUGGGAAUGCAGAUAAUCAUCUAACCAGCUACAUGACUCCCUGUACCUGCAUUUGCAGCCCUUCAGAAACUAAGAAAUGACAAAGAAAACCCCCCUUCCUUCCUUCUCCCUCCCCCAAAAUAACUCUUUAGUAACAAAUGUUGCAGGACUGUUACAAAACAACAUGCAUUUACUUCAUGUAAUAGUCCUCAAACAUUGCGGUCUGUUCAUUGCCAAAUACACAGUACCAAAAUGUCUAUAAAGGAGCAACCUACAUAAAAACAUUUUUUUCAUGUAGGCUCUGUGAGUCACAGCCAGGGCAGGUAUGAUUAGGGCUACAGAAAUAGUAAUUUCACUUUUAAAUGGCAGAGAAUUGACCAGUGAAAUUCCAGAGACCUGCUCUAUACCAGAGGAAGGCAACUAUUCGGCACUCUAGAUGAAUGGAAAAACAUAAAAGUUCUGUUUAUUGUCUUAAAACUUAAAAGUUGUGUUUAUUGUCCAUUUGGACUUAAUUCACAAAAAAAGUUUAUUGAAUAACCCUUUCAUUGUGCAGUGCUCUAUGCAACUCCAAACUGAAAUUAUUUUGUCCGGACAAGUAGAUUGGGCCUUUUUAGUUUCUUGGACAAGUAGAUUUAAAAAAAACAAAACCAUAAACAUUGUUGUUUUUUUAAAUAUAAAUUGAUAUUAUUUAUUUUUUUUUUAAUUCUGUGCGGAAGUGGCUGAAUAAACCUUGGGAUAUUAUGCUGUUUUGACAAAUACUCAGUUUGUAAAAUCUGCAGUCACUGUGCAAUAUGUUUGUGAAAAAAAAAACUUAAUACAAGCUUUCACACUAAUGUGAUAAACUACCAUCUUGUGUCUAUUUAAAGCAAAAAUCCUAUUAAGUAUUUUUGAGCUGAUUAACUGCUGUUGUACACAUCAGCAUAAAAUAUCAAAUUGAGCUUAAAAACAAUAUAUAAUUAUUUGUGUCCCCUCUACCUAUGAAAAUAAAUACAAAUCCAAGGCAUGUUGGGAUGCUUUUAAACUCAGACCAAAAAUAGAACUCAUUAUUGGGUGUGUUUAUCCACAAUAUAUACAUUAUUGUAUUUUUAAUUUUGUUCUUUUUUCAAAGUAAAUCCUAUAUGACAUUUGAAAAGAAAUACAGUUUUUCUAAUAAUAUGCCUUACAGCUGUGAACAGAUAUAUGGUUGGCCUCCAGUAGGAAGUGGGGAAACGCAAAGCAAAACCACCCCAGCACUCAAAGGGUUAAAGUACAUUGAUCUAAGUCCCAUAGCUUUUUUUUUUUUUUUUUAAAUCUGAUGUGCACCAUAUCUGGGAAUGAAAUAGUCUACAAUACUGUGGUGUCUCCCAAUUAAUGACAUGUAGAUCAGGUGAUUUAAUUUAGCUUUUUUUUAUACAUUUUUGUUUAUUUUAUUAUUAAUCUUGAAUUUGUGUUGUUUGUGGCAAUUGUAUUAAUGGAACAGGCUUUCUUCCAUGUAACCACAAAAAUGCUGGUUUCUAACUAGUUAGCCUUAUACCUCAACUAUGGCUUUUUAGAAACUCUUCUAGACCAGUUGGAGCUGGGCAUCAUUGCUUUUGCAUCCAUUAAUUUAUGAGCAUAUGAUCUAUAAUAAGAAAUCAGGAAUAUCAGGGCUCAACAUUUUCAGUAGCAAUUGGCUAGUGAAAAUCUGGUGAAUGUGCCAUUUGCCCUCAAUGCCUGCAGUAAGUUUCAAGGCCUAGCUAGUAGUAUAGGACUUGCCAUUUUAAACCCUGUAAUAUUUCCAUUGGCCCCCUAAUAUGCCAGUCUUUGUAAUAUUCCUAAUUGAGAAAUAAUGCCCUGCCCUACAGUAACUAUUCAAAACCGUUUUAAUACAGUUUGACAAGUUAUCCGAGUGCUCGUGGCCGUAGCAUUCUUCUCUUGCCGGAAAAUCCGGUUGUCUCUACAUAGCUAAGCACAACAUGCAAGACUGCGCUCAUUGGCUGAGUGUGUCAGCUGAGCACUCUCAGCCACAUAUAUUUGUCUUGGAGAGACUGUACUUUAUUCACAUGCAGGAGAAGACUGGAUGCAACAAAAGCACCCAGGGGUCUUAAUUAAUUUGUCAAACCAUGUUAAAUGGGUUGACUACUUACCAUUGGAUGGUGUCAGGGCUCUCCUGGCACCACAACCACUACAUCAGCCUUGGAUUGUUCCCUUAAGGCUGACUAUUUUUUUUUUUUUAAACAUGGCAAAUUAGUUAGAACUGGAGUACUUUUUGUUUACAUUCGACAUUUGUGUAAUGAUGCCCAUCUUAGAUUUAUAGAUUAAUGCAGCAGAGUAUAAAGCCAAUUCUCAAGGUGUUGCUGAAUAAAUAAAGAUAGUAACAGCUGGCUAAACAUUGCCAAAUAUCACAGCAUAGAGAUAUUUUCCAACAGGGUAAGAGAUCAACUUUAUUGUAGCAAUUGAAUACAAGCAAGAAGUCAUGCAUAGCCAUUUCACUAAUCUUCCAGCUACUCAAAACAAGGUUUUGUGCAUUACAUGCAGAGAUGCACUUGUUUUUAGGAACUUUGCUCAAAUGUUUGCCCACUAGGUUUGUGUGAUUGUUACACAUGUUUUAUAUUUUAAACUGAUUAUAAUAAAGAACAGUCGAAAAUUUUACGAUUUCUGGCUCCCACUAUGAGGAAGGAUAAGCAGCAAUGGGUGUCUGCUAACUGGGACACGCUACAAGACCGGAGAGAGAAUGCUGUUUCACUGCUACACACUUUAACUGUGGAUACAGAUAUUUGGUUGUGGUAUCCAGUUAUGACAUUACCUAUGCUUAGUGCUAUCUUCAUGGACAUGGUUAAGAUACCAAGUUGUAUCUAGGUAUCAAUAAUCAUGUACAAUUUUGUCCCCAAUGAGAUAACACUAUAACAUAAUUAUUUUUUUUUUUUUUUAUAAUCUGUGACCAUUUCUGCAAAUCACAUAAUUUUAUUAUAAUGAAAUCAUGUGUACCUAUAAAUACUUGUGCCAACUAAAACUUUUAUUUGUAUGUGUAGUGGAAGUACGCUUAUUUGGGGGUAGCUGCAGAAAAAUCUUUACUUGUACUUGGGUUUUCUUGAAAACCUAUGCCUUCACUGUAUAAAAAUGCGUACAUUAAUCAUCAUUGCCUGUUUUCCUUGACUGACUAAUUUCAACUGUCUAUCAUUUGUCUUUAAAAAUUGCCUAGCGUUAUUGCUCUAACUAGACCCUUGCUUGGUACCCAGCUGCCGAGCAAGGGUUAAGUGUAAAAUUUCCCGGACAUCAAUAGUUUAUUGAAGAAAUACUCCUUUUUUUUUGCUUCAUAAUUUGCAGAGAGCUGCAAAUGUCAGUCUUGAUGUACUGCCUCUCGAAAUUAGUCAAUAGAGCAAACAGCUAGAAUUGCUGUGGGCAGAAAAUAAGCACUGUAAUCAUGACAUAACUGGGGUCAGUGAUUUAUGGAUUUCAAUAUAGUGGUAGCUGCAUAUGAUUGAAAAUUUACUAGGUCACUAGUGCACCAAAAUUUUUAUUUGCAGCCUCCAGGCAUCUUUUGAAAUGUGCAACAAAAUAAGAACCCUUGAACCUGUUUUGUCAUAGUGCAAGCUCAGUGGAUGACAGGGCAGCCCAGUGAGUCUCAUUUAAAUGCAAAUGACUUGCAAACUUUUGCAUUGAACUCCUUUUAAACAUGCCAAGUAUCCCUGCGAGGCUUUUUAUGAACAUAAGCCAUAAAAAGGACAUGAAAAUAAAAUGACUGAAACAUUACAAUCUGCCCCCCCCCUUUCCUUCUUAUUUUGAAGCUUGAAGCAGAAGCCAUUCCAGAAGUGUCGGAAAAGUAUGAAAUUACCUCUGUGCCAACAUUUUUGUUUUUUAAGGUAAGAAACAGAUUGUAAAACGAAACAAUGUUUUCUAUAUUUUUUUAUGAGCCUUACUGCCGUACAUGUAAACAGUAGUCAUUAUUCUUUGGUGACGUAACCAUUACACAGAUGGUUGUGAAAAAAAGGUAAUUCACAAUGCCAUCAUGUUUUGUAAUGAAGUCAAAAGAAUUUAUAAACAAGCAAUGUGUAAAUUUAAUCAGUAAAAUAGAAUGGUUGGUUGUAUUUAAAAAGCGUAUCCGCCUAUUCAGUAACCCAUGUAAUCAAUGGGGAGUUAAGUGAUUUAUUUUUACUUUGCUUUUGAUAUCUUAUUUUCUUUGCUUGUUUAAUUUUCCUUUAAAUCUUUUACCUAUGCAUUACAUACCAUUUUCUCUUGAACUGAUUGCAGUCCAGUUGGUACCUAUGUUAAUUCCAGGUUAGAGCAUUCCAGGUAACAAUUCAAAAUUUAGUUUGCCUGCAAAUGGCUGAUAUUUUGCCAAAAGUUCUAGUAUAUGUAGUAAGAAAACACAAAGUUUAAAACUCUGCUUCCUCUCUCUGCUUUUAACUUGAUCAAUAAUGGCUCUUUUCCUCCCUCUAAUGGCCAUGCUGAAGGAUUUUCUAUUUUUCCUUUUCUUAGACAUUUUGUACAUGUUUCAUUUGUGUUUUUAAUCGAUCUUUUUUUAUUUUUAUUUUUUUUAUUUUACCAUCUUGACCAGGGUAGUUUGAUAACAUAAGCAACAUGGCUUGUGCAAAAGCCUAUUAAUUUGCAACAUAUUUGAACACUGUUAUACACAUGAUCGCUCAAUGCGUAUCCAACAAAACAGUAGUAGGCUUGUCUAGCUACUCGUCAAGGGUUUUUCCAUUUAUUAGACAUAACAUAUAAUAUAAUAUACGUCCUGUGUGCUCAUCUCGUUGUUAACAUUACACAAUUGGUACAAUGCAGUAGGGGUGCAUACUGUAGCGAGAUUUCUCAUUCCCCUUGCGUUCCCUUUAUGUUGCAUCCCCGUUUAAUAAGACGAGCUCUUGUUACAACAGGACGGUGCACUUUUUGUGGUUAUUUAUCACACUGUACAGUAGCGGGUGGUGUCCUACAUUAUUUAGCACAAUGUAGCCAGUAUUAUUGUAUGGUAAAGGUUUUGGUCGGGAGGGAACUCCGUCUCCUGUCCCUUGUGUAGUGUACUGGACCGGCCCGGGGUCGUCCAAUUUGCUAAUUAUGUAAGGUUCGGUUCCCGGGCUCCCCCACGAUAUUAUGAAUCAAGAAAAAAGUAAGAGUAUAGAGGGUUAGCUAGAGAAAAUUGUGGGGGAAGAGGGGCGGGGGGGGGUGGAAGAGGGGCGGGGUUAUGAGUCAGUCCCGUGCAGUGUGGCCUUGUGUGAGGGGUCCUCUGAGGGGGUCCUUAUGUAGCUCCUACCCAUGUCUCACGGGGGUCGGGUGGAUGUCAUUUCAUCAGAAAGAUCGCUGUUCUGCCAUGGGUCCCACAAUUUGUCGAAGCUGGUCAUGGUCCCUCUUAGUCGGGCGGUCAAGUUGUCCGUUAGAUAUACCUCUUUUAUGUUGGAUAUGACCCUCCGAAUUGGUGGCAUUUGUAUUUGUAGCCAAGUCUGCGCUCUCUCUCUCCUGGCGGCUAGAGUGAUCUUAUGGAUCAGUUUCUGUUCCCUCCUUGUCCAGUCAUCUAAAGAUCUGCUAAGCAAGUAUGUCCAGGGGUUUAAGUUGGGCGCUCUAUGAAAAAUUAUUUUAAUCAGGUUGUAUAUCUUUGUCCAAAAGGAUUGCGCUUGGGAGCAUUCCCACCACAUGUGAAUGUAUGUGCCCCUAAGGCCGCAUCCCCUCCAACAGGUAUCAGUUGGUGUUUGUUUCAUGCAAUGCAGUUUGGCCGGUGUGGUGUACCAUCUAAACAUCGUUUUAUAUGCCUGUUCUUGAAGGGAUACGCAAAUGGACACUGAAUUUUUUGCUUCCCAGAUUUCUCUCCACUCUACUCCCUCUAGUACCUCCCCUAGAUCUCUUUCCCAGGCGUCUGUGUAUGCUAGGGAUCCCCAUUCCUCCAUUUCUGAACAUAUGUGUGUGUAUAGGUUGGUGAUUAGGCCUCGUUGUGCGGUUUCUUUAAUACACAUCCUCUUAAAGAAGGUCUGUGCUUUGUAAAUAAUAGCAUGAGUGCCUCUGUGCAAUUUCAAUAACAGAGCUGUAUGGUCCUGUUUACCCAUUUUACUGUAGCAAUAUCAUGCAAUCCAUUGAACUUUGGGUAAGGCAUAUCAUAGCUUUGUGUAAGGGUUUCAGGUACUUCUUUCUGGUUUACCUAUGUAUUUAUUAGAUUGUUUAGGCCAAGACUUGCAGAUAAGGACAAAAGGCUUGAAUAGGUUAAUAUGGAUUCCUUCACUGCUCAUGCUGUUUUAGACAAAGCUGUUACAAUCUGCCGGACUUGAAAUGCGUCAGAACCAGAAACCUCCCUCUUCAAACAUCCAAAUGUAACCAUGAGUUUAAGGCAAGAAGUCUGUUCAUCAGUGGUACGAAAUUAGUUGAUUAAUGUAUGGUGACCAAAAGGUGUUUGGACAGGCUUCUGUUUAUUUUAACUUUGUCAAAGACUGUGCUAGUGUGCGUACCAUUAGUUUGACUUGUGGAAGUAAUAAGCAUAUGUUCACAUGCACUUUAAAUGUAACUGUCUGUUUUUUAAAACUAACAUCAAAUUGUUCUGUCUUUUUAUUUUUGUGUUUCUCUCAUUCUCGUUCCUAUUCAUAUCCAGGUCCUGAUUUAAUAAUCCUUGUCUUCAACACUCUUCCUAAUUAUGCCCAAAAUAAUCUGCUUCUCCUGGAUGGUUUAUUUGUGUAAUGGAAAAUAAUCAUUGUACAACUCUGGUGAUAAAGAAUUUGACUGAACAUAAAUUUUAUGGAUUUAUACUAUCAUCUUAUUACAUCUUUUGUUAUGUGCAAAACACUCUCCCUACAUAAUGCACAAUAAUUUCUGCCCUGAAUUAAUGUCUACAAAUUCUGCUUGAACACCAUUCUGUAUAUUCACAAACCGAUCGCGGAAGUAGUACUGCAUUUUAAAUUCUGACUUGUGACAAGAUAUUGUACUGUACUGUAAACUGUGAAAUUUACAGUACAUGAAAAAAUGCUACCAUGUCAGGUCCAUUUAAUCCUUUAAAAAUAGAUUAUUCUAAACGAGGUAAAAAAAUAAAUAAAAAUGCUUCUUCCUUUAGAACUCCCAGAAGAUAGACCGAUUAGAUGGGGCCCAUGCACCUGAGUUGACGAAGCGGGUCCAGCGCCACGCAGCAAGCGCUUCUUUUACCUCUGCCCCCGAAAGUGCUCCAAAAGAAGACAUCACCGUCCGACUGAAGAAGCUAAUCAAUGCAGCCCCUUGUAUGUUAUUCAUGAAGGGAUCUGCCCAGGAGCCAAGAUGUGGUAUGUAUGCUGUUAUAUAGGGGCAGCCACAAAGGUAAAUCUCCAGUUGUUAUGGAACUACAUCCAUGAUGCUUUGUAAUCCUUAAAUCUGAAAAAAGCAUAAUGGAAGUUGUAGUGCUUCAAUAACUGGAGCUAUGCUUGUUGGCCAUCUCUGCUCUUUAAAAACAAUUAACUACAUUUGCCAUUUUGGCAUUUUACAGAGAAGAACAUUUCAUUUAUUUAAAGUGACACUCCACUGUACAAAUACAAAAUCAUUAAAAAUCACUACUUGCUAGAUAUACCCCAAAUGAAACCUUGCAUACAUUUAAUUAUACGUAUUUUCAUCUGGAUUAUAGCUGCAAACUGCUUGCAAAACCUGUAGAUCUCUUGUCUGAAGCUUUUGCAAGCCCUCUCCUUGUAACCCAGCCCAGACUUUCUGUGGCUGUCCAAUCACAGACUUCCCAAUGCAGCUCGAUGAGAAGUCUUUGCAAGGCACUUGCUCUGUGCAAUCGCUGCCUCUUGAGUUUAGCUCCACUAAGCUAACCAAACCAGGAAAUAACAAGAACUGUUGUCUGCUUGAAAGUCAAGGGGGUGUAACUAGAUUUUUUUAUUUUUUAUUUUAAUAAAAGUGUACAUUUUUAUUUAAAUCUGCACUUUUUAUAAAAUUAAAAUGAAAGAAAUGGGUCACACUCCUAGGGGUCUGGAGUGUCCCUUUAAUACUGACUCUUUAAGCUCAGAGCUUCCAUCAAAUGGACCAUGUCCUCACACAUUUGUAGAUGCCUGGUCAACUGUUAUUCACUAAGGGCUAUAAAAAAUUGAGGUUUAAUGUAUUCUGUAUUAACAGAAAUAUUGAUAUAAUGCUCGAUAAGAUGUAUGAUUGCCAUGUUAGGAAAAAAAUAAAUAAAAUAUACUUUAUUUGUAUUUCUCUUAAAAAAAAAAAAAGUGGGUAUAGAUUGGUGUAACAUUGUUUUAAGUUAGCUAUUUAUAACAAGCACUACAAAGACCGAUAAAGCAGCUAGCUGCCACCAACUUGUCACUUGUUUUACGAUGAGUCGGCUUACUAUGGAAAUGCUGGAUCUUAAAAUAACAAUGGGUAUUACUGAAAGCCAACUUUUUAAGUAUUUUAAAUAAUUUGCAGUACUAGAAAAUGACUUUCCUGUUACUGGUCACUAAAACCAGAACCAGGACUGUCAGCUGGACAAAAUAUUAGUAGAUAAUAGAUAAUUAAAUCAAAAUUGCCAUCAAUAUGUCGGAAUAUAGAGAGGGUUCAUACGUAGAUUCAAGUGAUUAAAAUAGCCUAAAUGGCUCUUCUCCUGUCUAAAGGACUCUUAGACGUAAAGAAUCUAUUUGAGACUCAGGACUUUAAUAUAAUCAACCAUAGUAUGUCCAUGUCAACAGUAAAAGCGGUUGUGGAAUGAGCCUUUAAAUUAACUCCUGUAAUCUAGAUGGAAAAGACAAUCAGUCAAGGAGGAACUUUGAAUAUUGGCUGUAUAUAAAGUAACACUUGUUGCAAAGCCCGCUGUAUCAGAAAAGCUACAAUAAGAGUGUAGUUAAGCAAUCAGCAAUUUAGGAUAACAGCAUUUAGCUGGAUACCAAGUAACAUAUAAUAAAAGGAAAAAAGUCUACAUGAAAAUUCGUAGAUUAAUCACAAAAUAUGUCAUAAAUGAUAAAUCUUAAGUUAGUGGUUUCCUAAAUCGCUAUGGGGUACAAAGAGUAUCUGUUGCCCCCUCAAAUACAUACAGAGCCAGUCCAGAUUCCUCAAUCAAAUAGAUAAUUCCAAUCUAGAUAGCAUAUCAGGAGUGACAGGAGGAAAAGGUGAAAAAUUAGGAAAUAAUAGUGCUAAUGUGUAGAACCAUGCUUAGAGUGCUGGUUACCUACACAUCGUGAAAUAGUGCCCUAGAAGUGAAAAUAAAAAGUGAGUGAAAGUGAAGGAGAAAAACCUCCUUCAACCCGACGCGCGUUUCGGUGCUGUGAUGCACCUUCGUCAGGGGCUGAAUUUGUUAUGGACCCUAGACCUUGUUUAAAUACCCCUGGUAUUGUAACUGUUGAGAGGAUUCCACCAAUCAGGGUUCCUGUGUGGACCGUCAGUUGGCGCCAAAAUGACGUCAGAAUAUGCUAAUUCGCUGUUUAAAUAAAGAAAAAAAGAAAAAAAAAAAAGGAGAAAGAAAACUCCAAACAGGGUUAAGUCCACCUCUACAUUGUGUGGUUUAUAUUUAACCCUGUAUGUACUCAUUGGAUGGAGUGACUUGCUUCAUAGAAUAGGGAAAGGACGAAGGUGAAUAUAUCUGUGUAAAUUUUAUAGUCAGAGACGAAUGAUUCGUCAAGAAAUUUAUAUCAUGUAAAGUCAGUGUAUUGCUAUCACAAGGCAUUGUUUGAGAAGUAGACGGUUCAUCAUGGGUUAUCUGGACGCCUGUGGGAUCAUGAGAAUGGGUAGAGAGGCUUUGAGCGAAAAACCUCAAAAAAGUGAAAAUAAGGGAUUUUAACCCUCGCUCAGCCAUGGGGACCUAAUACCUAUCCCAGGAUAUCAUAAGGAUUAUAUAAAUAUGGGCGGUCAGGUUAACUGUACUUCCUAUUAGGGUAAUGAUCAUUUCAUUAUCAAGCCUCAUUCUCGAUUUACGGGCGGAAUUAACCCCCGCUAUACUGUUCUUAGCAGUCAUGUGAAAAUAGUAAUAGCUGAGCUUAUACCCAAAAUUCCCAUGUGCGGGUAUUAUCAAUGGCUUGAUGAUCGUAAAUAAAUUGCCAGAUACUCAUGUACCAGUGUGUCUACAUAAAUACUAGGUAAUAAAUGCCUCUGAUAUACAUAAUCAAAUAUUGAGGCUUUUUAUAAUACAGAUAAAUUCAUCAGUUCUUAUUCUUACUAAAUGGAGAUUAGUAUUUCGGUAAUCGAAAUUUGUCCAGCCAUUCCCAUUGGCAGUAUCAAUUCAAUUUGUCAAUUUAGAUGGCUGGUACGUUGUGCUAGUCCAUAUAUCCAAAUAGCGUGUAUAGUAUUAUAAAUAGGAGAUGGGGGGAAAAGUAGCAUACGAUAUAUUAAAUUUUAAGUAAUUUAUAUAACUUUUAAUGGAUCAUGUGUCAUCAUGGGAUCAGAGUGAUCGGUCAUGUGUAAAUCUUACUGGACAUAAUUUACUCAAAUGAGUGAGUUAUAUAGUAUAAUUAAAGUGUAUCCAGAAGAUACCCACUAGACAGGCUAUAAUAAUGAGGGCUGUAUACCUUCUUUGAGCCACUAGGGGUCAGUCACAGACAUACCAGGGGUAAAUUUCCAUAUUGAAUGUAUCUAAGUAGUAUUUACUCUUUUGAUGGAUUAAUUUCCAAUUAUUAAAUAGUAAAUUAAUGAAGUGUUGCUAGGGAAGAACCGGUAUUUAAUCAGGGAUAAAGGGAGUGUAUGAGAAUCCUUCGUUAAGGCCCAAGGGGGAUAAAGUUUUUAAUUUAAAUAUCCAGAAGCUCUCUCGCUGUAAGAGUCUUUUGUCCAGAUCUCCCUUCCUUGGUCCCAACUUUAUUUUUUCUACUCCAUUAAAGCGUAAGCCCUGUGCAGAGCCGGCAUGUUUAAUUUUCAAAUGUCUCGAAAUUUCUCAUAACAACGAUUUCACCACCACGCUUUUCAAAAAACCAACCGCAACCAAUAACUUUCUGAACUGGGAGAGUCAUCACCCCCCUGCUUUAAAAAGUGGGAUACCGACAGGCCAAUAUCUCAGACUAAGGAGGAAUUGUUCCUCCCAAGAAGAUUUUAAAAUAAAAGCACAGACCCUGAGAUCCCUUUUUAAAGCCAAGGGAUAUCCAAACAAGUGUCUAAAAAGAGCUUAUCACAGGGCACUAGCUACUGAAAGGACCAACCUUCUGUCCGAAAAGUCCCCCCCCCAAAACAAAAAUCAGGAAAUAAUAAGAUGUAUUGGAACCUUUGAUUCGGGUUGGGACGGUAUGAAAAAAACACUAGAGAGAUUCUGGCCACUACUGUACCAAGAUACACAUCUUAAAGAUGUGCUGACACCCCACGUAUCGAUUACAGCAAAGAGAGGUCAGAACCUAAAAGAUAUUUUGGUUCCAAGCCAUUUAUCUCUCCCAAAACCUACUAACACCUGGCUUAAAUCGCCUGCUGCCGGCACCUUUCAGUGCGGCAAGUGUAAGGCCUGUAAAUUUAUCCGGAAACAAUCGAAAUCAUUCUCUAACUCGGAUAAUACUGAGAUACACACAACUAAAACCUUCUUUAACUGCAAAACCGAGGGCCUAAUAUACCUCAUUACUUGCAGUUGCAAUUUGAAAUACGUGGGGAAGACUUUCAGACAGUUUAAAACCCGCAUCCUUGAACACAAACUCUGUGAAUCCAUCUAGACAGAUAGAUACAUCUAUAUCAAGACAUUUGAAAAUUAAACAUGCCGGCUCUGCACAGGGCUUACGCUUUAAUGGAGUAGAAAAAAUAAAGUUGGGACCAAGGAAGGGAGAUCUGGACAAAAGACUCUUACAGCGAGAGAGCUUCUGGAUAUUUAAAUUAAAAACUUUAUCCCCCUUGGGCCUUAACGAAGGAUUCUCAUACACUCCCUUUAUCCCUGAUUAAAUACCGGUUCUUCCCUAGCAACACUUCAUUAAUUUACUAUUUAAUAAUUGGAAAUUAAUCCAUCAAAAGAGUAAAUACUACUUAGAUACAUUCAAUAUGGAAAUUUACCCCUGGUAUGUCUGUGACUGACCCCUAGUGGCUCAAAGAAGGUAUACAGCCCUCAUUAUUAUAGCCUGUCUAGUGGGUAUCUUCUGGAUACACUUUAAUUAUACUAUAUAACUCACUCAUUUGAGUAAAUUAUGUCCAGUAAGAUUUAUACAUGACCGAUCACUCUGAUCCCAUGAUGACACAUGAUUCAUUAAAAGUUAUAUAAAUUACUUAAAAUUUAAUAUAUCGUAUGCUACUUUUCCCCCCAUCUCCUAUUUAUAAUACUAUACACGCUAUUUGGAUAUAUGGACUAGCACAACGUACCAGCCAUCUAAAUUGACAAAUUGAAUUGAUACUGCCAAUGGGAAUGGCUGGACAAAUUUCGAUUACCGAAAUACUAAUCUCCAUUUAGUAAGAAUAAGAACUGAUGAAUUUAUCUGUAUUAUAAAAAGCCUCAAUAUCUGAUUAUGUAUAUCAGAGGCAUUUAUUACCUAGUAUUUAUGUAGACACACUGGUACAUGAAUAUCUGGCAAUUUAUUUACGAUCAUCAAGCCAUUGAUAAUACCCGCACAUGGGAAUUUUGGGUAUAAGCUCAGCUAUUACUAUUUUCACACGACUGCUAAGAACAGUAUAGCGGGGGUUAAUUCCGCCCGUAAAUCGAGAAUGAGGCUUGAUAAUGAAAUGAUCAUUACCCUAAUAGGAAGUACAGUUAACCUGACCGCCCAUAUUUAUAUAAUCCUUAUGAUAUCCUGGGAUAGGUAUUAGGUCCCCAUGGCUGAGCGAGGGUUAAAAUCCCUUAUUUUCACUUUUUUGAGGUUUUUCGCUCAAAGCCUCUCUACCCAUUCUCAUGAUCCCACAGGCGUCCAGAUAACCCAUGAUGAACCGUCUACUUCUCAAACAAUGCCUUGUGAUAGCAAUACACUGACUUUACAUGAUAUAAAUUUCUUGAUGAAUCAUUCGUCUCUGACUAUAAAAUUUACACAGAUAUAUUCACCUUCGUCCUUUCCCUAUUCUAUGAAGCAAGUCACUCCAUCCAAUGAGUACAUACAGGGUUAAAUAUAAACCACACAAUGUAGAGGUGGACUUAACCCUGUUUGGAGUUUUCUUUCUCCUUUUUUUUUUUUCUUUUUUUCUUUAUUUAAACAGCUAAUUAGCAUAUUCUGACGUCAUUUUGGCGCCAACUGACGGUCCACACAGGAACCCUGAUUGGUGGAAUCCUCUCAACAGUUACAAUACCAGGGGUAUUUAAACAAGGUCUAGGGUCCAUAACGAAUUCAGCCCCUGACGAAGGUGCAUCACAGCACCGAAACGCGCGUCGGGUUGAAGGAGGUUUUUCUCCUUCACUUUCACUCACUUUUUAUUUUCACUUCUAGGGCACUAUUUCACGAUGUGUAGGUAACCAGCAUUCUAAGCAUGGUUCUACACAUUAGCACUAUUAUUUCCUAAUUUUUCACCUUUUCCUCCUGUCACUCCUGAUAUGCUAUCUAGAUUGGAAUUAUCUAUUUGAUUGAGGAAUCUGGACUGGCUCUGUAUGUAUUUGAGGGGGCAACAGAUACUCUUUGUACCCCAUAGCGAUUUAGGAAACCACUAACUUAAGAUUUAUCAUUUAUGACAUAUUUUGUGAUUAAUCUACGAAUUUUCAUGUAGACUUUUUUCCUUUUAUUAUAUGUUACUUGGUAUCCAGCUAAAUGCUGUUAUCCUAAAUUGCUGAUUGCUUAACUACACUCUUAUUGUAGCUUUUCUGAUACAGCGGGCUUUGCUACAAGUGUUACUUUAUAUACAGCCAAUAUUCAAAGUUCCUCCUUGACUGAUUGUCUUUUCCAUCUAGAUUACAGGAGUUAAUUUAAAGGCUCAUUCCACAACCGCUUUUACUGUUGACAUGGACAUACUAUGGUUGAUUAUAUUAAAGUCCUGAGUCUCAAAUAGAUUCUUUACGUCUAAGAGUCCUUUAGACAGGAGAAGAGCCAUUUAGGCUAUUUUAAUCACUUGAAUCUACGUAUGAACCCUCUCUAUAUUCCGACAUAUUGAUGGCAAUUUUGAUUUAAUUAUCUAUUAUCUACUAAUAUUUUGUCCAGCUGACAGUCCUGGUUCUGGUUUUAGUGACCAGUAACAGGAAAGUCAUUUUCUAGUACUUCCAUUUUGGGGUUAUGCCCCUUGACACCACUGGAGUGUCAUUUAAAGGUGUGACUGACCACUAGGAGGGUGGUAUAUUCAAGUCUGGAAUAACCACUACCUUUGGCCUAGUCAAUUUCUACUACUUUUUUUGUUAAAUUGGUUUCAGUACCAUAUCACCUUUUAAGUGUUGCCUGGUUAUGGCCGGUUUUCUAUCAGAUAAAACGUCAAGGGAUGCCUGGUACUCUGACAUAGACUCAGUCUUCUCUGAGGGGCACCUGCAAGAGAAUAUCACUCAUACAAAUAUAAACUCAGCAUUCAACCACUUAACAUUCUUAUUUAAACAGCAAAUUAAAGCAGGUUGGGAGAUAGCUUCCUUAGAAAAAUAUCUAAGCAAGGAACUUAUUCCAAGAGGUUUGAGGGUUCAAAAUAUCCCUGCCCCACAUAUUGAAGAAUCCGAGUUUAUUAAAGAAUGGGAAGAGGCAGCAGGAACAUGCUCAAAAAAAUUCAUGGAUAUUUUAUGUAGGUACGAAACUAAGAGACUAGAGAGAGUUAAUAAAGAGGUGGACGAGGAGAUUGAAAAAGUCCAGACGUACAAAAACGAACCCAACUUCGAACAAUUUGAGAUAAAACUCAAAACCAACCUAGAUAAGUUUCAAACAUCAAUUAAACUUAGGAAACACUCCAAAUUCAUGAGAGAUACAAAAGAUUUUCAAACUGGUAAUAUCUACCGCAAAUUUAAAAGCAAGAGAGUAGACUUUGAUAGAUUCUCCACAUCAGAGUACGACUCCAGUGCAUCAGAGCCUGAUUCAAACCAAGAAAGCCCCUCAACAUCAGCAGAGGGUAAUCCUAAAAGUAUCCUUAAGAAAGGGUUUAAUUUUUUAGAAAGAACGAAUACAGAGGAGAAAAGCCAAAGAAACACAAGAAGCAAAACCUCAACACGAGGAUACAAAAGGAGAAAAGCUUAUUAAUACAAAGUAGCCAGAUCAUUAAUUUGUCGUCUCAUCAACUCACUCCCCUUGAGUCCCAGGUGCUUGGAAGAGGGCUGGCCUUUGUCCCUACACCCAAGUUCGAUAAGUUUGUGUGGACAAAGGACAUCCAUCUUUUCGCACGCAAGUUGGCGUUACAUAAGUUUCAUGAGAUUCAAAAAUCUAAAAAGGCAUUAAGACUGGGGUUGGAGGUUAAGGAUAUGGAUCUUCUUGACAAUUUAGUUGAUCUCCUCAACAGCAAUGACCUCCCUACGAAGAAGCAAGCACCCUUCACGAAUCUGAAACUUAGAAGUAAAUUCACACCAUAUAUUUCGGAGUUUAAAUACAUCGACCUCUUUGUUGAACUGACAUGCAAAGAGAUUGAGGGUAUGAGUGAUGAUUUCUAUUCCUCUGACCAUUUUGAUAAUUUGAGUCAAGCUGAAAGAAAAGCUCUCAAUACACUAAGACAGAAUGACUCAAUUAUCAUAAAGGCUUCAGACAAAGGGGGCAACAUAGUCGUUAUGAAUAAAACCGCUUAUAUUGAAAUGGUCAGCAGAAUCCUAGACGACAAAGACACAUAUAUGAUUCUGAGCUCAGACCCCACAGCUAAAUAUCUAAAUGAAUUAAAAGGAAUACUAGAGGAAGCACUUCAGUCCAAUCUCAUUUCUAAGGAUGAAUUUAAAUUUAUGUUCAAUAAAAAACCAGUGAUAGCUACUUUUUAUGCUUUACCAAAAAUUCAUAAACAGCACAAAACAUUGUCAGGGAGACCUAUCGUUUCAGGCAAUAAUAAUCUGACGCAGAAUUGUAGUGUGUAUAUUGAACACAUCCUUCGUGAUCUAGUUAAGUCUCUUCCUUCUCAUUUGAGAGACACUAAGCAGACCCUCAGCAUCCUCAAAGAUAUGAAAAUUCCGGCCAAAGCAAGCCUUUGUAGCCUAGAUGUUGAGGGUCUGUAUAGUUCUAUUCCCCAUGAUGUUGGUAUCAGACACGUUAGAACGUUUCUGUAUAUGAGAGACCGUACCCGCAAUGAACACAAUGAGUUUGUCCUCAGACUGUUGAGGUUUAUAUUGACUCAUAAUUACUUCCUCUUUAAAGGCAACUACUAUCACCAGGUGAAGGGCACAGCGAUGGGUACGACUUGUGCACCAUCCUAUGCCAACCUUCACCUGGGGUGAUGGGAAAGUAACAUUGUCUUCAACCCUAGUCUCGAUAAAUUUAGCGUACACAUAAACCUAUGGUAACGCUAUAUCGAUGACAUUUUGAUAGUGUGGACAGGUCCGAUUGAUCUAUUCCAUGAAUUCGUGGAAGUACUCAAUGUGAAUGAGAUUAACCUUAAAUUCACUUUCGAUAUAGGAUGAUAAAAGACUGAAUUUUUUGGACCUAACUCUCGAAAUUUCUCAUAACAACGAUUUCACCACCACGCUUUUCAAAAAACCAACCGCAACCAAUAACUUUCUGAACUGGGAGAGUCAUCACCCCCCUGCUUUAAAAAGUGGGAUACCGACAGGCCAAUAUCUCAGACUAAGGAGGAAUUGUUCCUCCCAAGAAGAUUUUAAAAUAAAAGCACAGACCCUGAGAUCCCUUUUUAAAGCCAAGGGAUAUCCAAACAAGUGUCUAAAAAGAGCUUAUCACAGGGCACUAGCUACUGAAAGGACCAACCUUCUGUCCGAAAAGUCCCCCCCCCCCCAAAACAAAAAUCAGGAAAUAAUAAGAUGUAUUGGAACCUUUGAUUCGGGUUGGGACGGUAUGAAAAAAACACUAGAGAGAUUCUGGCCACUACUGUACCAAGAUACACAUCUUAAAGAUGUGCUGACACCCCACGUAUCGAUUACAGCAAGGAGAGGUCAGAACCUAAAAGAUAUUUUGGUUCCAAGCCAUUUAUCUCUCCCAAAACCUACUAACACCUGGCUUAAAUCGCCUGCUGCCGGCACCUUUCAGUGCGGCAAGUGUAAGGCCUGUAAAUUUAUCCGGAAACAAUCGAAAUCAUUCUCUAACUCGGAUAAUACUGAGAUACACACAACUAAAACCUUCUUUAACUGCAAAACCGAGGGCCUAAUAUACCUCAUUACUUGCAGUUGCAAUUUGAAAUACGUGGGGAAGACUUUCAGACAGUUUAAAACCCGCAUCCUUGAACACAUAAACUCUGUGAAUCCAUCUAGACAGAUAGAUACAUCUAUAUCAAGACAUUUGAAAAUUAAACAUGCCGGCUCUGCACAGGGCUUACGCUUUAAUGGAGUAGAAAAAAUAAAGUUGGGACCAAGGAAGGGAGAUCUGGACAAAAGACUCUUACAGCGAGAGAGCUUCUGGAUAUUUAAAUUAAAAACUUUAUCCCCCUUGGGCCUUAACGAAGGAUUCUCAUACACUCCCUUUAUCCCUGAUUAAAUACCGGUUCUUCCCUAGCAACACUUCAUUAAUUUACUAUUUAAUAAUUGGAAAUUAAUCCAUCAAAAGAGUAAAUACUACUUAGAUACAUUCAAUAUGGAAAUUUACCCCUGGUAUGUCUGUGACUGACCCCUAGUGGCUCAAAGAAGGUAUACAGCCCUCAUUAUUAUAGCCUGUCUAGUGGGUAUCUUCUGGAUACACUUUAAUUAUACUAUAUAACUCACUCAUUUGAGUAAAUUAUGUCCAGUAAGAUUUACACAUGACCGAUCACUCUGAUCCCAUGAUGACACAUGAUCCAUUAAAAGUUAUAUAAAUUACUUAAAAUUUAAUAUAUCGUAUGCUACUUUUCCCCCCAUCUCCUAUUUAUAAUACUAUACACGCUAUUUGGAUAUAUGGACUAGCACAACGUACCAGCCAUCUAAAUUGACAAAUUGAAUUGAUACUGCCAAUGGGAAUGGCUGGACAAAUUUCGAUUACCGAAAUACUAAUCUCCAUUUAGUAAGAAUAAGAACUGAUGAAUUUAUCUGUAUUAUAAAAAGCCUCAAUAUUUGAUUAUGUAUAUCAGAGGCAUUUAUUACCUAGUAUUUAUGUAGACACACUGGUACAUGAGUAUCUGGCAAUUUAUUUACGAUCAUCAAGCCAUUGAUAAUACCCGCACAUGGGAAUUUUGGGUAUAAGCUCAGCUAUUACUAUUUUCACAUGACUGCUAAGAACAGUAUAGCGGGGGUUAAUUCCGCCCGUAAAUCGAGAAUGAGGCUUGAUAAUGAAAUGAUCAUUACCCUAAUAGGAAGUACAGUUAACCUGACCGCCCAUAUUUAUAUAAUCCUUAUGAUAUCCUGGGAUAGGUAUUAGGUCCCCAUGGCUGAGCGAGGGUUAAAAUCCCUUAUUUUCACUUUUUUGAGGUUUUUCGCUCAAAGCCUCUCUACCCAUUCUCAUGAUCCCACAGGCGUCCAGAUAACCCAUGAUGAACCGUCUACUUCUCAAACAAUGCCUUGUGAUAGCAAUACACUGACUUUACAUGAUAUAAAUUUCUUGAUGAAUCAUUCGUCUCUGACUAUAAAAUUUACACAGAUAUAUUCACCUUCGUCCUUUCCCUAUUCUAUGAAGCAAGUCACUCCAUCCAAUGAGUACAUACAGGGUUAAAUAUAAACCACACAAUGUAGAGGUGGACUUAACCCUGUUUGGAGUUUUCUUUCUUUUUUUUUUUUUUUUUCUUUUUUUAAACAGCGAAUUAGCAUAUUCUGACGUCAUUUUGGCGCCAACUGACGGUCCACACAGGAACCCUGAUUGGUGGAAUCCUCUCAACAGUUACAAUACCAGGGGUAUUUAAACAAGGUCUAGGGUCCAUAACAAAUUCAGCCCCUGACGAAGGUGCAUCACAGCACCGAAACGCGCGUCGGGUUGAAGGAGGUUUUUCUCCUUCACUUUCACUCACUUUUUAUUUUCACUUCUAGGGCACUAUUUCACGAUGUGUAGGUAACCAGCACUCUAAGCAUGGUUCUACACAUUAGCACUAUUAUUUCCUAAUUUUUCACCUUUUCCUCCUGUCACUCCUGAUAUGCUAUCUAGAUUGGAAUUAUCUAUUUGAUUGAGGAAUCUGGACUGGCUCUGUAUGUAUUUGAGGGGGCAACAGAUACUCUUUGUACCCCAUAGCGAUUUAGGAAACCACUAACUUAAGAUUUAUCAUUUAUGACAUAUUUUGUGAUUAAUCUACGAAUUUUCAUGUAGACUUUUUUCCUUUUAUUAUAUGUUACUUGGUAUCCAGCUAAAUGCUGUUAUCCUAAAUUGCUGAUUGCUUAACUACACUCUUAUUGUAGCUUUUCUGAUACAGCGGGCUUUGCUACAAGUGUUACUUUAUAUACAGCCAAUAUUCAAAGUUCCUCCUUGACUGAUUGUCUUUUCCAUCUAGAUUACAGGAGUUAAUUUAAAGGCUCAUUCCACAACCGCUUUUACUGUUGACAUGGACAUACUAUGGUUGAUUAUAUUAAAGUCCUGAGUCUCAAAUAGAUUCUUUACGUCUAAGAGUCCUUUAGACAGGAGAAGAGCCAUUUAGGCUAUUUUAAUCACUUGAAUCUACGUAUGAACCCUCUCUAUAUUCCGACAUAUUGAUGGCAAUUUUGAUUUAAUUAUCUAUUAUCUACUAAUAUUUUGUCCAGCUGACAGUCCUGGUUCUGGUUUUAGUGACCAGUAACAGGAAAGUCAUUUUCUAGUACUUCCAUUUUGGGGUUAUGCCCCUUGACACCACUGGAGUGUCAUUUAAAGGUGUGACUGACCACUAGGAGGGUGGUAUAUUCAAGAAUAACCACUACCUUUGGCCUAGUCAAUUUCUACUACUUUUUUUUUUUAAAUAAUUUGACUCGGAUUUUCUCAAUUUCAUUUUGCACCAGUUUUUCCACUGAUGCUGUUAAUUUUCUUAUGUUGCUGAUAACAUAACAAAGUAGUAGAAAUCAUUUUAACUCCAUCUGCUUUUUUUGCUCAUUAACACUACGGUCAAGUAUGGCAAGCACUGCAGCUUUUCUUCAUGCUCCAUCCCGAAACUAAUCAAAUGUCAAAUGGAGCACUUCUAAGCAAUUAAUUGAAAGGGAUGUGUGAGUCAGUGUAUCUAUAUAUUUAGCCUAUAUAUUUCUGCCUGCCAUUUCAGUGGACAGUUCAUGUUUUAGAGUCUCUACAUAGAGGUUGAUGUCUUCCAAGCAAUUGCUCCCUAUAAUGUAUGGAAAACAAUGCAUGGAUCACCUUCGAAAUCUGGAGGCCUAAAUCUUAGGCAGAACUGGGACACAUGUCUCAGUUCGUCUGAGAUUAGGGAGAGUCACAAUUGUGAUCGGCACCUGCUGCAAUCGACUUCAACUAAAAACCCAUUAAUCUCAGGCAGCACAUUGGUCGUCUAUUUUUUUUUGUAUGUUUUUUUUCCUCUCUCUCCACGAGCCCUCAGUGACAUUAAUUUCCCAUAAUUCAGUGUUUACUGUCUUUUAUCAUUGUGUGUUUUUUUAUAUAUAUAUAUAUGUAUGUAUGUAUGUAUGUUUUGGGGAUCGACCAAUAUAAUUUUUUGAGAGCCCGAUAAUAUGUGAAUUUUCAGGCCGAUAGCUGAUAACCUACAGAUACCGAUAUUCUGUACAUUUACCCCCUGCUCCCUCUUAGUGUUUUUCUCCCUGCCUGCACUAAAGUGUCCCCCCCCCCAUCUUAGUGGUCCUUUCCCCUCCCUGGUGUGCUUCAUUACCUUUCUUGUAGCGUGGCUUAGCUGUGCAGAUUGCGGUACAGGAGCUUUUGUUUUCCUGUAUCCGGCCGCACUGACAGGAAAUGCUCUCUGUCAGCACUUCCUGUCAGUUUGGCCGGGUACAGGAAACUAAAGCCCUGUACUGCGGUCCGCUCUGCUUGGCCAUGCUACACUGAGUGAUUGGUAUGGGGAGCACUGUGCGCUUCCUUCCUGCCGGUCACUCGAUUGUUGCUCCCUCCCCCCCCGGGCCGGUGCGCCUUAAGGCGGCCGCAUUAAGGACGUGCUGGCCCUGCGUGUGCUGGGCCACUGCUGCCUCUCAUAUUAUCGGCACUAUCAGUACCAAUAGUUGCCAAUGCCAAUAUUUUCCAAAAUCUGUUAUAAACCGGUGAUCAGUCUAUCCCUAAUAUGUUAAUAUCAGCAUUGUACAACUGGCUUCUUUUUUACCAACAACAAAACAUUAUCUGUAAGCACAGUAUACACACUCUCGGAUUUCUGUUAUUUGCAUUGCAUUGUACAGUAAAAAUGCCAAAUUAUUACAAAAAUCUGUAAGCCUCUAACUAGGUGGAAUUGCAGACAUUACAUUUUUAGGACACCUGUUUGGUUUCAUACUCAUGUUGGAGUUAGUGCUAGAACAUUAUUCCCUGGACACAUGCUAUAGGGAUUUUUAAAUGCUGCAUGAAAACAACUGUCCUAGAUGAUACAAAUGUAGAACUUAACACUUUAUUUACCUAUUUCAUGCGAGCUUGCCUCUAAAUCAAAAUGACCAUGUUUUGUGUGAGGUUUUUUUUUUUUCCUCUUCUUCAACUACAAUGUAUCUACUAACACGAGUUAUUCCUCUACUGUUUUUUCCUUUAAUUUUUUUUCUUCUUCUUUUACAUAAAUAUUGAAUUUUGUUUUGGAUGUGUUCAAAGGUGAUGUACAUAUUUCAGCCUGUGAAAGUACACAUUUUUGAGGAGGAAAUAACAUUACACUUUAUGUGGUAUUAUUUUUGCAUUUUGCAGAGUCAGAACAGUGCUUCUGUUUGUUGUUGUUUUAUUUGCAGUCCCAAAGCAUAAAAUAUAUGCCCUGCCACAUUAACCCUUAAAAAUGAAAUCCAAGUUAUCAAUCUUUCUGGUCUUCAUCCUGUUGCCUGGAGCUCAUACAAAGCUUUCUGGUGGGGCAAGUCCAGUAAAAAUGAUUGAAUGUAUUGGAAACAGAAUAACCAAAAGCAAUCAGCCUUCAGCCAUUUACUAAUGAACUCCCAGAAGAAUGAGACAUUUCAGAUUCUGUGUUUUACUCCAGGCUGUACAUGAACUUAACACUUCAGUUACAGCAUAAAAUAAAUAAACUUGCUUACUUCUCACACCUUGAUUGGAUGCAGAUCAUGGACCCUUCACCACUUUGCUUUAAGGGAAAACCAUAUUUCAGAUACACAUGUGAAUGGAGGUCAGGUGAGGGCUAUCCACAUACUGUAGGUUCUAAAUAUUGUUCUGCUUGAACAAAGGAGCCUUUUAUUUAUUUUUUUGAAUGAAAGGUUAGUAUAAUAGUUAUAGACAUAACAAAUUUGCUUCACAUGGUUUCAUAUUAAUUUAGCUAGAAGCACUUUUCAUGUAUAUUCUGUUUAAAUAGGAAAUAUAGCAUUGCUGGGUGACGCAAGGAAUAAUGCAAACCAAACACUGUAAAAUUCGUAUUCCAAUUUCCCCUGGUAGAUGACAGAUUAGAGAGAGAAUAACCAGGUGUAGGAGUGCUUUUGAAAACGGUCCACAAGCACACCAUGUAUACUGUGGUGUACAGAAUGAAUGUGUGUGACAAAAUGUUGCACGUGUUAAAGCUGGUGGCGUACAUUCUUAUUUUAAUUUCUGGUAACUUAAGUGUGCACAUCAAUCUUCAUUAGCUACUAAACUCUUUAGCCAGUGGCUUGCCAGUGUUUUAUGUAGUUAGCAUUAAAUCUAAAAUAGUACCAAUUAUAUGAGUACCCAUUUUUCUUCAUUACCUAUUGAUAUACAUUGUAUAGGGAGAGGUAUUAGCUGUAGAAGGAGGAUGGUGCUCAUGCUGUUGUACAGCGCAUUGGUGAGAUCUCACUUGGAGUGCUGUACGCAGUACUGGAGACCGUAUCUCCAGAAGGAUAAUGAUAUUUUGGAGAGAUUCCAGGGUAAAACUUACGAAAGGUUAAAGGAUCUUAACAUGUAGCUUGGAGGAAAGACGAGACAGUGGGGAUAUGACAGAAACAUUUAAAUACAUAAAGGGAAUCAACACAGUAAAGGAGGAAAUUAUAUUUAAAAGAAGAAAAACUACCACAAGAGGACAUAGUCUUAAAUUAGAGGGGCAAAGGUUUAAAAAUAAUAUCAGGAAGUAUUACUUUACUGAGAGGGUAGUGGAUGCAUGGAAUAGCCUUCCAGCUGAAGUGGUAGAGGUUAACACAGUAAAGGAGUUUAAGCAUGCGUGGGAUAGGCAUAAGGCUAUCCUUAACUAUAAGAUAAGGCUAGGGACUAAUGAAAGUAUUUAGAAAAUUGGGCAGACUAGAUGGGCCGAAUGGUUCUUAUCUGCCGUCACAUUCUAUGUUUCUACAUAUAACACAAUUUUAGACACUUGUAUACUUCUCUUUUAGGUGAAAAAAAUACUCUAAAGAGAUGUACAUACUUUAAAAUCCUGUAUAAAAGAGAUGUCCAUAUUUUUAUAUUAUGUAAAUGUUUUCAAACCUUCCUAUUUGGAUAUAGUAUUUACUGUAUAUUUCUCAGUUAGAAUUCUUAGUUGGAUAUUCUGAUUUGCAUCCAAGGGGAGGGGGUGAGUGAGAGAAAAGGUUAAUACUUACCUAAAACUCUGUCUACUCAGAUGUUCUUUGUCUCCAUCUUCACCCUCUGGCAGCUUUAUGUGCUCAUCACUGAUGCAUUCUCGUACAUGUAAGAUAACAAAAAAGGAAUCUAUAAGAUCCCUCAAGUCCUUGGGAUCUUCCGUAAGGUAAUGCCUGUCCGCAGAAUACUCCGGAGAUAAGAUUGCAUAUCGUACACUUCCAGUGUUUCAAGUAUUUUAGAAAGAUUCUUUUGUUAUGAGGAAAAAGAAAAGUAAAUGUGCUGCCUUAGUUCUGGACACUUCUGGAAAUUGACGUGCUCUAUAUUUUCUCAAACCACUCAUCCCACACCUGAAGGGCAUCGAUUGUUUAUAUCAUGUGAUAAGUAUAAAUAUAAACAGGGUUAUUCACUGACGUGAGAAAAGCAGGAAACUCAAAGUGAAUUUCAAAUUAACCCCUUAAGGACACAUGACGUGUGACAUGUCAUGAUUCCCUUUUAUUCCAGAAGUUUGGUCCUGAAGGGGUUAAAGGCCAAAAUAACCAAAAUAAAAACUUGGCUUUGAGAAUUUAUUUAAUAUGGCUAUAUUGACCUAAAUUUCUAAAUUCAUUUUUGGAAAUUCUAAUUUCAGUAAAUAACCUUUGUAAGCAUAUAUAGCAGUAGCGGUUAUGAACUGUGCUGCCCACCACGCUUGAAUAACCGGAUAAACAUAAUUGAAAAGUAAUCCUUAAGUGCUUCAUUGCCAAAGGUUUUCCAUUAUUGUUGUACAGAAAUUGGUCUUGAUGUAUUAAUGGGUUUGUUUUGUAGGCUUCAGCAAACAAAUUGUGGCGAUCCUGAACAAUCGCAAGAUCCAAUUUAGCACUUUUGAUAUACUUUCUGAUGAAGAAGUACGUCAGAGUCUUAAAACAUUUUCCAACUGGCCCACGUAUCCUCAAUUGUAUGUCAACGGUGAGCUAAUUGGAGGACUGGACAUUGUAAAGGUGAGCGGAGAGGCAAUGAAUUCUAAUUGCAGCGGCAAUGAUGAGGAUAUCUCAAAGGAACACAUCCAUGUUGUUUAACAAAUGUUCUCACUUACAGGAGCUUGAGGCAUCCGGGGAGUUAGACACAACCUGCCCAAAGGUCCAAUCCUUAGAGGAAAGGUAUGGAUCAGUUUAAAAAUGUCUCUCAAUAGUUUUUUUUUGGUCUCUUUUUAGGUCUUUAUGCAACUAACAUUUUGUUUUUAUUAUUCAUUAUACAUUUGUGUACAGUGUUUACCUAAACUGCAUUCUUAAUUAAUGAAAAGUGGGAAACUAAAUUUACUAAUGCAGUUAUGGUUAAACUACACCCGCCACUCUAAUUCUUUUAAACUGCAUUUCCCAUGAUGCUUAGGGGGAUUAUAGGCUGACCGGGAUAUAUACUUCACAAACAUCUGGCAUUCCAGUGUUGGUCAUUACUGCACUAAAGCAAACACCUUUGGAGACAGUGCUGUCCGCUUUUUUACUUUUCUUUUCUUUUGUAUAAAUCUAUUACUCCACCUUUUUAUACAUUGCAAACUUACAUGUACUAAAAUAAUCGGUCUUCCUGCCGCUUUUUUCCUCAUUCAAGUUCGUACGGAAUGUAUUAAACUGGAAAAUAAAAUGAUGGAAUAGGCAUAAGAAGUAUUCUGGCAUAAAUAAUGUAAAACAUGAACACGACACUUUUUAUAUAUAGUCCUCAAUGUGCUUGAGAUCUGUGCAAAGGUUUUCAGCAUAACUUGUUUGCUCUUUAUGCCUGUUAAGACAGCAACUGAUUUAGAACUGAUUCCAGUUAUUCACUUGUAAAAUCAUUGCAGCUCUUUGAUGUGCGGGCAUGUGACUAGAAUCUGAAUUAGAUCCACUAAAGUACACAAUCUCAGAGGUGCUUGCACAGAGCAGAGUAGCAGCACUUCGAUAAUCAAGAUAUUGUCCGGGGACACACAGGAAUCGUGUUCAAGCUUGAACUGAUGAAGGUUCGAUGAAGCCAAAACGUUGUCUCAUUCUUUGAUCUGACUAAAGUCUGUCUGAACACUAUUUGUGUGUGCUCAGAUUAUUUCUUUUAUAGAAUCCUAAUGUUGGCAUAAAUUUAAAUUCUGUUCCCUCUCCAAUCACAAACUCUAGUCGUAGAGAGAGAUUUUAUUUAUCAAACUGUUGUGUUCUGAAAAGCAAUGCAAAGAUGUAAAAGUGGAAUAUUCAUGCUGGUCGGUUUCAUUUUUAUUACUUUGUACCAUUUUCAGACCAUGUCACUUUGAUAAGUCCCCCUCCUAGUGUUUGAGGACAUAGUGGUUAUAUACAGCAUGUAUGAUUUCCCAGCGACCCUUCGAGAGAGGGGAGGUUAUUUUGACUAUAUCUAUACUUUUUACUCAUAAAUAUGUCUGUGUGUGUGAAUAUGUACACUUAAAAGAACAUUCCAUAAGGGGGAAAAACUUUUAAACAUUUUAGUGGAUCUACCCCUAAAUAAAACAUGCAUGCGAUUACGUUUGCAUGUUUUUUUUGCAGGUAUUUAAUUUUUGGCUUGCAAUAGCAGCACAUCUAGUAUCUGCAGCUAUUACAAGCCCACCCCUCUUUCCUCAGUAUUUGUGGUUUUGUGUGUGACAUAACAUUUGUGUAGUAUAAUUAGAACUUUAUUACUUUUAUUUAAAAAAAGUUGUCAAUGUUGGACAAAUAAAAACAUUACUGGCCAAACUUUAUAAGUAGGAAACAAAAACAAAUCAUGCCGUGUUGCAACAUAGCUCUAAGUUGCUUUAGUGCUGCUACCUAUUUGUGGCAAAAAUUUACAUGAAAAACAUUUUUCUAAUCUUUUUGUUUAGACUCAAGUCAUUGUUAAAUAAAGCACCUGUAAUGCUGUUCAUGAAGGGAAGCAAGCAGGUAUGUUUGAUCUAUCCUACGUGCUUUCAGAUUUUGUUUUAGAUUUUAGAAAGUUUUAAACCUUUCCCAUUGUAAAGAUUGGACAAAAUAAUACUGAGAGUAACUGAUGUAUGAAAAUCCAUGUCUCAUUGUUCUUUUCUUCAUCCAUUAUUUAUUUAUUUUAGAUUGCAAAAUGUGGGUUUAGCAGGCAGAUUCUAGAAGUAAUGAACAACACUGGGUAAGUACAUUGCUGCAAAGUCACAUUUGUGGCAGUCAUUUGGGUAACGUAAUUGAUACACUGUUCAUGUUAGCUGUAAAUACUCAAUGUGCUAUGUGUAUUGAUAAAAUGUCAUUUUUUGUCGUUUGAAGUUAUUUUUCAUUUAGUUUGUAGGCUAGCUAUUUAUUCUGCUUUUACAGUUUUCAUUUCUUACAAUGGGCAUGUUUAGAGCUCAACUAUAUCAGAAAACAGAAUAUUCAAUUAAAGUUCCACUUCUGCCAGGUUACGUAUUUUGUAAAAGAUUGUAACCGUUAUCUGAAUGCAUUCAGGCAUUCUUAGUGGCAGAGCAAUGAAGAAAUAAUUUUUUUUUGUAUUACUCAUGUGUAUAUUAAUCAUUUCUUCCAUAAAUUCUGUUUUUGUUUUAACAAAAGUUAUCAUAAACAGGACGGCAGAUCCUUUAAAUACUAUAUUUGCUCAUUUGCAAUAUUGCAUUAUUUGCGUUAAAUUAAUUGUGGUAUGGAAAUAUUUUUUAUUUUUCCUUUUUAGAGUUGAUUUUGCAACAUUUGAUAUACUGGAAGAUGAAGAAGUAAGUGACAAAAUGCAAUUGAACAUUUAAAGAGAAAGUGAAAUUAUUAUUUUUUUUAUGUAUAAUCAAACAAUAAAAAAUGGAAUACAAGGAUGAAUUUACGUGAAGAAUAUUGUUUGUCUACAUAAAAAUAUAAGUAAUAGGACUUGAUUAGUUUCACUUCUAUUAUCUCAGAAUAUUUGCACUAUAUUUAUAUUUGCAUUAUUCACAUUGUUUUAUGGUCACUAACACCGGAAAAAAAUUAAUUCUAGUCUUUGCCUGCAGCUUUUCUCUAAAAUGCUUAAAGGACCACUAUAGGCACCCAGACCACUUCAGGGUUAAUCCACCCACUAGUGGCUGUCUCAUUGACAGCCGGUAGAGGCGCUUGCGUGCUUUUCACAGUGAGAAGACGCCAGUGUCCAUAGGAAAGCAUUGUGAAUGCUUUCCUAUGAAACUGGCUGCGCGCGCAGCUCUUGCAGCGCAUGCGCAUUCAGGCGGAGAGGAGGAGGAGAGCUCCCCGCCUGGCGCUGGAGAAAGAGGUAAGUUUAACCCCUUCCUCACCCUAGAGCCUGGCGGGUGAGGGACCGUGAGGGUGGGGGCACCCUCAGGGCUCUAUAGUGCCAGGAAAACGAGUAUGUUUUCCUGGCACUAUAGUGGUCCUUUAACAAAAAGAAAUCCCAUAGUAUUCACGUAAUACUGGAAUGUGUUCUUUUUCAUAUGAGAAACAUCAGCAUGACUGAUCAUUUAACUUCUUUUUCUUUGCUACAUUUUUCUUCAUCCCUUAUGAACCAGCAUGCUGUCGUCAAAAACUGGCCUACAAGGAACUAUGCCAAAAACGGAACACCCUGUUUAUUUAACAUCAUAAUUCUGAUGUAGGGUCUUUGGCACAGUAUACAACAUAACAUUACACUCAAAACACAAUCGAGUGUAGGUGUCGAAAAUUAGGAGUCAAUUUCUGCUAAAAUAUACAAACAUACAUCAUAACAAAUUGUAAGAAUUGAGGUUUCUAUAAGUUGGUUUGGUGGUAUAAAGAUUUUUUUUGAUGAUAAGAUGAAGGAAACUUAAAAGUUAUUUUUGCUUUUACUUCUGUGUUUUAGAGAUGGAUGUGUACAGCAUCCACUGUGCUGGUGAGCAGAUUAAUCUUUUUAGACUUUGAUAUUUUCAGUCCUGGUUGAAGAAAAAAACCCAAAACAUUAAAGUAGCUCUGUCACCUCAAAUUCACCUUUCUCCUAUUGUUUCCUCUUCAUCUUUCAGAAUCUCUUCUUCUCCUUCAUUUUUUAUCUAUUUUUUUUUUUAAACAUAAGACAAAUCUUGACAAAGUGUGGAGCUUAAAAAACAUUCUAGAAAUGAAGUUGUUAUAGUGUCAGGAGGUCCCUGGCUCACCUUAAGGUUUUGAAUGGUUUGACCCCAAAGUCUGUGUCUCAGCGCUGAAUCUCUCUGCUUCUCUGUUCUUUCUUUUUCUUAAAAUCUUUAAAAUGGGAGGCUUUUGCGGAAUCGGGCAGUGGUCAGCUGACACAUCAGUCACCCCCUAUUCAUAAUUAGCUUGAAACGGUACGUACCUUUUUCAAGCCAGUUUUAUAAAUGGGGAGUCACUGAUUAACUGAGAGCGUCAGUUGACCACUCUCAGCCAAUCAGAGGCUCUGCUAUCUGAUCCUGCAAGAACAAUUUGGUUUAAGGAUUUUGAGAAAAUGGUAAGUCAGAGAGGCAGGGAGGUUUGGUGCUCGAACACAGACUCUGUGGUUAAACUGUUUGAGUAUGGUUUAACCCUUUAAGGUGAGCCAGCACUAGGGACCUCUUGGCACCAUAACUUCAUUUUGAUGUCUUUUUAAAGCAUAAGGUAAGCUCCACCCUUUUGUCAAGAUUUAACAAACAUAGGAAAAUACAUACAGCAAAGUAGUCCCUACUUUGUCUUCUGCUUUAAAGCAAAAUAGAUUAGAAGAAAAACAAAACAGAUUUUCAGAGUACGAGCAGAAUAAAAAUAGAAGAAAGGUAAGUUUGAAGGGACAGAAAACACAAUUUCUAACCAUAAAUAUAGUUUGUUCAUGGCUUGAAAAAUUAUUUUGUUUAAAAAUCUAUUUUUUUCUUGGUGUACUUUAUGAUUAAAAUAAACAUUUAUUGGAUCAGUGCUUCAUUCCUUGGUAAUUUAAUAGAUAUUUUUGAGACGGCAGAUAUAUAUAUAUUUUUUUUCUUUCCAGGUGCGACAGGGAUUAAAAACUUUUUCAAACUGGCCAACAUAUCCUCAGCUAUAUGUAAAUGGAGAGCUUAUUGGAGGUUUGGAUAUUGUUAAGGUAAUAUUCCCUUCUUCUUUUAUAUGAAUUACCAGGUGCACUUUCAGUGGGUAAUACAUUUUAUCUACAGACAUGGUGAUAUGACAGUUGCUAUGUAUAAAUUAAACACUAUGCUUUUCAUCUCCAUCUUUUUGCAAACUGACUUGGGAACUCAUUUCCAAAAUAAGCCCUAUAAGAAAUGGGUCUGCUGGCUGUAUUAGCUGCUAGUGGUGCAUUGAGGUCCCUAUAACCAGUAGAGAGCGCUGACUGUUUGUUUUUUCUCCUCACCUCCUGUUCUGGAAGUAAGAAAAAAAGAAUGAUUAAAAACAUGAUUUGUUUUACCCUGGAAUCUUACAAUAACAGAAGUCAGAUGUGUUAAAGGUACACUAAAGCCAUCCAGACCUCUUCAGCUCAUUGAAACGGUCUGGGUGCAAUCUUCCUGUCCGUUUUACCUGCAAUGGUAAUUAUUGCAGUUAUUGAGAAACUGCAAUAAUUACCUUGCAGGCUUAACUCCACCUCUAGUGACUGUCCCAUAGGAAAGCAUUGAUUCAGUCGUUUCCCAUAGGGUUGUCCUGAUGCAACCACGACACUCGCUGUGCAUGCACAUUAGGUCAGGGCAGGAGGAGCGACGGUGGACAACGGCGCUGGAUUCAGGUAAGUAAAUAGUUUUUAACCCUUUCAUCACUGCUGGGAGGUGAGGGGGGCAUUAUAGGCAAGGAAUAUAAUUUUGUAUUCCUAGCCUAUCCUAGCCUAUAGUUCCCUUAAAUAAAGCAAGUAAACUAUUGUAUACUGCAACUGACGGGGCAUACAUUUUAGUCUAUUCUUUGUUUUAAGCAAGUGGAAAAAGAGAGAUCACCAAAAAACACAGAAUUAAUUUAACCAAAUUUGCUUGAGCACUCAAUAGUGACUCUGGUGAGAGUAUCCCUUUAAAUAAAACAAAUUGUAGUUGGAUAACUAAAAUAAUUCAGUUCAUUUUAAUGUUCCUUAAGAUUGUAUAGAGUGUUGGAACUUUUUCACAAUUAACCCAUGGGCUCUUAAUUUCAGUAGUGUGUGUGUCCUUUUUGAUGUAUGGGUUAAAUCUUUGAAGCUGGAACUUCAAGCAUUUAACGGUUUAAUAUGAGUUGACAAAGUUAAAUAUUCUAGUUUUUACUUAAUGGAUUAUCAUUGCAAACACAUCAUUUGUCAGCAAUCCAUGUAUAUUUUUCAACAUUUAGAGAGAUUCCCUAGAACCUUGAAACCAGAAGUCAUUUCCUGUCACCAUUUAAUAAGUUCCUACAGAGACAUUUAACUUUACGGUUGCUGAAACUCAAAAGUUAAUGCUGUCACAGUGUGCUUAAUGGGUUUCCAACUCAAUAAUGACUUUAACCAGAACAAGCUGUAUACAAAUUUACUAAAUUAUAUUAUCAUGCAUUAAUCUGAGAUUAAUCCUAAAAAGACUGUUCUUUAUACUAAAAGCUUAAUUUUUAUAUUGAAUGGGCUCAAGAAUUUUCCAAAAUGUAACUUGUUGGAGACUAGUUCUGUCUUCUUCACUGGAACACUUUAGGCCCCAUUAGCACUUUGGCUUAUGGAAGUUAUGAACUCUCAAACAAGUUUUGUUUUUAUUGUGCCAUUUUUAUUGUACCCCAGUCUUGUCCGAUCCAUAUGCACAGUCCUAAAAUGAAAUUCCAUGCAUGAUCUCUCAUACAGUGAGGAACAAAAGUAUUUGAUCUCCUGUUGAUUUUGAACAUUUGCCCACUGACAAAGAAAUGAUCAGUCUAUAAUUUUAAUGGUAAGUGUAUUUUUACAGUGAGAGACAGAAUAACCAAAAACCAAAAUCCAGAAAAACGCAUGUCAAAAACGUUAUAAAUUGAUUUGCAUCUCAAUGAGUGAAAUAAGUAUUUGACCCCUUUGACUUAGUACUUGGUGGCAAAACCCUUGUUGGCAAUCAAAGAGGUCAGACAUUUCUUGUAGUUGGCCACCAGGUUUGCACACAUCUCAGGAGGGAUUUUGUCCCACUCCUCUUUGCAGAUCAUCUCCAAGUCAUUAAGGUUUCGAAGCUUGAUGUUUGGCAACUCGAACCUUCAGCUCCGUCCACAGAUUUUCUAUGGGAUUAAGGUCUGGAGACUGGCUAGGCCACUCCAAGACCUUAAUGUGCUUCUUCUUGAGGCACUCCUUUGUUGCCUUGGCUGUGUGUUUUGGGUCAUUGUCGUGCUGGAAUACCCAUCCACGACCGCUUUCAAUGCCCUGGCUGAGGGAAGGAGGUUCUUACCUAAGAUUUGACCGUACAUGGCCCCAUCCAUCGUCCCUUUGAUGCAAUGCAGCUGUCCUGUCCCCUUAGCAGAAAAACACCAACAAAGCAUAAUGUUUCCACCUCCAUGUUUGACAGUGGGGAUGGUGUUCUUGUGGUCAUAGGCAGCAUUCCUCCUCGAUUAUGGUCUCAUCUGACCACAACACUUUCACCCAGUUCUCCUCUGACUCAUUCAGAUGUUCAUUGGCAAACUUCAUGGGCCUGUACAUGUGCUUUCUUGAGCAGUGGGGAACCUUGCAGGAGCUGCAGGAUUUCAGUCCUUCACGGCAUAGUGUGUUACCAAUUCUUUUCUUGGUGACUAUGGUCCCUGCUGCCUUGAGAUUAUCAACUCCCGUGUAGUUCUGGGCUGAUUCCUCCCUGUUCUCAUGAUCAUUGAAACUCCAUGAUGUGAGCACCAGACAGGGAUACUGAGUUAUUUUGUGUUUCUUUCAUUUGCGAAUGUUGUCACCUUCUCACCAAGCUACUUGGUCAUGGUCUUUAAGCCCAUUCCAGUCUUGUGUAGGUCUACAAUCUUGUCCCUGACAUCCUUGGACAGCUCUUUGGUCUUGGCCAUGGUGAAGUGUUUGGAAUCUGAUUGAUUGCUUCUGUGGACAGGUGUCUUUUAUACAGGCAACAAGCUGAGAUUAGGAGCACUCCCUUUAAGAGAGUGCUCCUAAUUUCAACUCGUAACCUGCAUAGAAGACACCUAGGAGCCAGAAAUCUUGCUGAUUGAUAGGGGAUGAAAUAAUUAUUUCACUCAUCGACAUGCAAAUUAAUUUAUAACUUUUUUGACAUGCAUUUUUCUGGAUUUUUUGUUUGUUCUGUCUCUCACUGUUAAAAUACACAUACCAUUAUAGACUGAUCAUUUCUUUGUCAGUAGGCAAACAUUCAAAAUCAGCAGGGGAUCAAAUACUUUCCCCCCUCACUGUAGGUACCCUUUUGAGGCGUUGGCAGAUAACCCUCUAAGUAUAGUUAAUAUUGGGGCCCCAGUUGGAUUACUAUCUAGAUACAGGAAUAAUUUUGACUCCCUGUACCUAUAAAGUUAUUCACUUUAUUUAAUUGACGAGGAACUGAAUUGAUAGAUGAAAAAACAAACAAAAUGAAGCAUCAUCAUUCAAAUAUGGACUACUCUGCAGAUCUGUACAGCAUAAAUGCCAUUACUACUAGUAAUGCCUAUGUGCCAUAAAUUAAUGUGACACAGUAGGUUUGUACGUCUGCUGCACUGUUCCUAUCUGUGGGAAAAAAAAUAAAAAUAAAAAGUGUGGAUGUAUGUGUGUGUCUAUAUAAUCUACAGACAUACAUACACGAACAGAAGGAGAGCCCACGUAGGACGUAGUGCAAGGAAUUUUCACCGUCUUUAUUGCAACAGCAUGGAACAAAAUUGCAUACAAUGGAUCGUUUCAGUCCCUAAUUAUGACUUUUAUUAUGGACUAAAAAAACAUUAAUCCAUGGUACGUAAUUUUGCUGUAUGCUUUUUUAAUAAAGAUAGCGACAAUUCUUUUCACUAAUUUCCAUGUAUGCCCUGCUUCUGUGUGUCUACACUUGUGUCCGUAGUUUAGGCAAAAGGAUAAACAGCUUAAGUAGACUAUGUGCGUGUGUAUAAUAUUACAAAACAAAAACCUGCACUCCAGGAACCUGUGCCCAGUGCUUAUUGGCAAAAAAUACAAAAUUGUCAAAUAAAACUUGUAACUGUCAGCUGAACAGUGAACAUGUUAUUGCAUUAUCGCUCAUCAGCCUGUCAGGAUUCUUUUACAAGUGCAAACUAGUCCUCGGUUAUGUGCAGAAUUCAGGCAAUAACUUCAGGCAAAAAAAAUAAUAUAAAUAUAUAUAUCUAUAUAGAUAAUUUUUUUUACAAUCAUUUGAAUGGUGAUCAAAACUAUGCACUUUGUGUCCAUUUAUUUUAAGUUUACUUCUCUUCCCUAUUGAUUUUUCUCUUCCCUUUUACUAAUGCUAAAAUUUUAUGUUUGUUUCUAUAGGAGUUAAAAGAAAGUGGAGAACUGACCUCCGUUUUACAAGGCAAGCAGUAAACAAAUGAAUGUGCUCUUCAUGGGAUCAAGCAUGACCAUUACUAAAAAGAGAGAUUAUGCAAAUUAAAUUGGCUAUAUUCUGUAGCACUGUAUUGAACCUGGGGAGAACUUUAUUCCAGAUUACUCCUUCCAGUUUCUAAAAAGGUCACUGUAAUUCUAUAAGAUGCAGUUUCUUUGGCUCAAGCUAGGAGAAAAUGUUCACGUGGAAUCUGCCUACAAAUUAUUACACUUAAUUUAAUAAACAUUGUUACAACCAACCCUAUUCUCAUUUUCUUCACACUGUUAAAGUCAUUGGCAUAUUUACCAAACAAAUUGAAGUUUUAGAUCAUUAUUAAAAAUACAAUUUUAAAGCAAUGAAUGGAGUAAAAUGGCCAGCACUGUUUAAUGUAAAUUGUGCAUUAAAAAAUGAAAAUGAAAUGCCUAUCUUCUAUGUUCUUUCAGACAAAUCCUUCUAUCACAACAAAGACAAAAUAUCUACAAGUGUAGGAAAGAAACCAUACAUAGAGCAGCACAGUCCUUAGACUGCCUGCAAUAGCACUUUCAGCAGUAGGAACUUUUGCACACCAGCACUUUAUAUCCAGUGACAGUGUUCUGGUUCUUAUUAAUGGGCUUGCAUGAAUUGUCCUGAUUGUAAGUUUUUACUAAUAAAUUGUUUAUUUAGCUUUUGAUAUACUGCCAC